CAUGACAGUGAGAUAAAAGACAGCUCUGGGCAGAUGUUAAUAUUAUAUGAAGUCGUUAAGUUGCUAUUUAAAUUCAGCCCACGAAGCUGAAGCUAAUUUGAUCCUUUGUGGAUUCCGAUAAAACAUUUGUCGUUAAAACUACAGAUCCAAGCAUUCACUGAUGGAAAAAAGGAAAUAUCAAACAUAUUUACAACUUCAAUGUUCGGCCGGCUGGACGAGUGGAAUACAUAAACAGUGGAUAUAUCUAUCGGCCGUAAACAUUUUUCUAUCGAUUACUGCAGUUCUUGGCAAUACUCUGAUCCUCGUUGCCCUUCGCAAGGUGUCUUCCCUUCAUCCGCCGUCGAAACUCUUGUUUAGAUGUCUAGCCACAACUGAUCUCUGCGUUGGUGUUAUAACGGAACCUCUUAGUGUUGUCUGCUGGACAUCUCUAGUUUACGAAGAAUGGAAUCUUUGUCGCUAUGUUUAUAUCUCGAGUGUCUUUGCAAGCAAUACUUUGUGUUCAGUAUCUUUGCUUACAGCGAGUGCAAUAAGCGUAGACAGACUUCUCGCCCUGUUUUUAGGGCUGAGAUACAGACAAGUUGUAACUUUAGGGCGAACAUAUUUGAUUGUAGCAAUCUUUUGGAUUAUGUCCGUUAUUGCUCCAGUAUUAUUCCUUUUAAAUCCCCUUAUAACGAUAGGGUACGUCUGCAUAGGUACAAUAACAUGUCUAGCAACCUCAGUCGCCUCCUACACAAAGAUUUUCCAAAGGCUCCGUCACCAUCAAAUUCAAGUACAGGGCCAUGUCCAACAAGAACAACCAGGCCAGAUAAAUCCGCUGAACAUACAGCGAUACAGAAAGACAGUGUACAGUGCACUGUGGGUGCAGUGUUCAUUAGUUGCUUGUUAUUUACCAAAUGGUAUACUGAUAGCCUUGGUAAGUUAUAACAAAACAUCUCCGUCCAGUGUUCUCAUGUUGGAUGUUGCAGCAACUUUAAUGUACUUGCACUCAUCGUUAAACCCGAUUCUUUACUGCUGGAAGAUCAGCGAAGUGAAGCAAGCAGUAAAGGAGACAAUCAGAGAGGCGCUUUGCUGUUUCUCGAGUUAGCUAAGUGAUUGCUGAGUGAAAUAAUUCCUGCACUUUUCCCUUCAAAUAUUGCUGUUUUGAACGCUGUUUUUUCGCUUGCUUUUUUGACUAAAAUAUAAUUUGUAAUAACUCGGAGAAAAUAGGUCUACUCAUAGGUCCCCACUGGAUCUUAUGAAAAUAA